GACUACAGAGAGGAAAAUGGAUCAGUGUAGGACAAAAUGUUCAGCCUUCUUACACUACUGGUGGUGGGUGCUGGUCUUGCUGUUGGGCAGGAUGUUUGCAAUACAGAGGAUUGUCAGCUAGCAGCUGAGAGUAUCCUGGAUGCUAUGGAUAUAACUAUGGAUCCUUGCUCCGACUUCUACAGGUUCUCUUGUGGAGGAUGGAUGGAUAAGAAUACGAUCCCUGAAGGAAAAUCUAAGUGGGGUCGGUUCUACGAGCUCAGAGAUAAAGUGGAUCAAGCUCUUAAAGAUAUUGUUGAGAUGGAGGAAGAAGCCCCUGCAGUCUCUGUCAACAACCUGAGAUUGAUGUACCAAGGAUGUAUGAAUACUGUUGCUAUCGAGGCUCAAGGUCUAGAUAGAGUACUAUCCCAGGUUGGAAACCCUGCCUCAGGAUGGCCAAUGAUCCAGGACGGAUGGACCGGAGAAAGUUUUGAUGUUGCUGAACUGAUGGGCCGAGCAAGGAGGAAUUUGGGAGCUGACUGGUUGGUUUCUCUUUGGGUUUAUUUAGAUGAUCUAAAUACAGAGGAGAAUGUUGUAUAUAUUGACCAGCCUGACUUGGGUCUAGCCCAGGCAAUGUACCUGGAUGAGGACAGCUACGCCGAGUACAUCAUCGCCUAUAAGCAGUACAUGGUCGAUAUUGCAACAGUUCUGGCGAGAGAGCUUGGUUCUGGAGUAUCUCAGGAGUCUAUUGUACAAUCUGUAGAAGAUGUUUAUACCUUUGAGAAACAGAUUGCUAUGAUUUUGACCCCUGACUCUGACAGAAGGAACUCCACCGCUAUGUACAAUCCUAUCACCCUGGCCGAGCUGAAGGAGACCUACUCCUGGUUCGACUGGAGUACCUACUUCAGCAGCGUGUUCAAGGACACCGAGGUCGAGAUCGGAGAUGAUGAGAGGUUUAUCAUGGUUCAACCAAGCUAUUUCGUUGCUGCAGAACAAGUUGAAGGAUCUUACGAAACUGUCGCUAACUAUUUGUAUGCUCGUCUCACAAUGAAGCUGGCACGUGAAUUGACAUCAGAAAUGCGCGACAUUGCGUUCAAGUUCAAUGCCGCAAUGACUGGCGUAGAUAAAGCUCCUGAAAGAUGGCAGACAUGUACUUCAGCUGCAACAGGAGCAUGGGGCUUCGCUGCUGCUCACGAAUAUAUUAUGAGAAACUUUGACAGUGAAUCAAAGGCCGAGGCUGACAUGAUGGUUGAAGACCUAAGAUCUGCUUUCCAGGAGCUGGUAACAGAAACAGACUGGAUGGAUUCAGAAACACAGACUGCUGCUAUGGACAAGGCUGAGAGAAUGUUGCAAUUAAUCGGAUAUCCUGAUUGGUUAGCUCAUGAAGAUCAAUUAGAUGAAUACUAUAGUGGUUCCAAGAUUGCAGACACAGAAGAUCAUUUGAGUAACGUUAUCAACCAAUGGUACUGGGCGACAGGUAAGGAUCUGAGUGAACUAAGAAAGGUUCCUGAACGUGAUGUAUGGCUGAUGCAUCCUGCAAUUGUCAAUGCUUGGUAUUCUCCGAACCAUAAUACUAUCACUUUCCCUGCUGGUAUCCUCCAACCUCCGUUCUUCCGGGGAGGUUGGCCUCGUUAUCUCAACUAUGGAGCUAUGGGGAUGGUUAUAGGCCACGAGAUUACUCACGGGUUUGAUGAUCAGGGGAGACAAUAUGAUGGAACAGGAAACCUUCAACCUUGGUGGAGUGAUCAAACCCUUCAGGGUUUCCUUGAAAGAGCAGAUUGCUUUAUCCAGCAGUACACGAACUAUACUGUACCGGAACUAGAAGAUGUACUUGGAGAAGAUGCUCAUUUGAACGGAAAGAAUACCCAGGGAGAGAAUAUUGCAGAUAAUGGUGGAAUUCAUGAAUCCUUCAGAGCAUACACGAGAUCCUUAGAAACUCAAGGAGACGAUCUGGCACUUCCAGGUUUGGAAAUGUUCACAUCUCAGCAAAUGUUCUUUAUUUCUAACGCCCAGGUUUGGUGUGAGAUACAAACCGACCAAUCCCUGCUGGGCCAGGUACUAGGAGAUCCACACUCCCCCGGCAAGUUCCGAGUUCUUGGUCCUCUCUCCAACUCCGAGGAUUUCCAGAGAGAAUUUAACUGUCCAGCAGACUCUCCGAUGGUUAGACCACAGAAAUGUAAACUGUGGUAAUCAAGAUCAUUCAAAUAUUCAAAUAAACAUCUUUUUAAACAUA